AUGCUUUCUCAGUAUUUUAAAGUUUCAAGAGUAUCGAUGGCUCUCAAGCCGUCAAGUCUUGUUCACGUUAGAAGUACACAGCCUUGUGCUUUACCAUCUGGUAUUAUUACUUUAGCAAGAUCGUACCAUAACAACGAAGGCGCUAAUAAUGCAAACUAUGGUAAUAGUUACCAAAGAGAAGGAAAUACAAAUCGUAGAGGCCAUUGGAAAAAGAACAACCAGGAUAACUAUAACAGAAUCAAGUUUGAUAGUAAUAAUUACGAUAGAAACAGUGUUAAUAGAGACAAUUUUAAUAGAGAUAAUUAUAGUAGAAAUAAUUAUAGCAGAAACAAUUAUGAUGGAAAAAAUUAUGGUAACAACAACUAUGGUAAAAAAAAAAUAAUGUCUCCUGAUUCUAAUGAUUCAAGCAUUACUUUCAAUAAAAAGAAGUUCUCUAAACUAGUUGUUGUUCCAAAGGACGAAAAUACCGCUGAAAUUACACUUGACCAAUUAUUAGAAGAUAAGGUAAUCGAUAAAAAAUUAUUUACUGCUGUACAUAGAUUGGGAUUUAAGAGUUUAACACCUGUUCAACAGAAGACUAUUAAACCAAUUUUGAAAGAUAGUGGGAAUGAUGUUAUUGCAAGAGCAAAGACUGGUACUGGUAAGACUUUUGCCUUUUUGUUACCCCUAUUCCAAAAAUUGAUUGAAAGUCCAAAUUCUGCUAUGGUAAAAUCUGUUAUUAUGGCACCAACCAGAGAUUUAGCUUUACAAAUUGAGCAAGAAAUUUUAAAAUUGUACAAGAAUAAUUCAGCUUUGAGACAAUAUAAUUGUUUAUCAAUAGUCGGUGGUACCAAUUAUUCAUAUUCUUUGCAAAGGUUACAUAGAGAAAGACCAAAUAUCAUUGUUGCUACGCCAGGGAGAAUGCUCGCCGUUCUAUCAGAUUUUGGUGACAAAUUUUUUUCAGAAGUUGAUUUCAAAGUCUUGGAUGAAGCAGACAGAUUAUUGGAAAUUGGUUUUAAGGAAGAUUUAGUAGCAAUCUCAAACUCUUUAGAUAGCGUCAAUUCUAAUGGUGCAGAUCACAUCAGAACCUUACUAUUCUCUGCUACUUUAGAUGAUAAAGUUCAAACAUUGGCUAAUGAUAUUAUGAAUAAAGAAGAAUGCUUAUUUCUAGAUACCAUUGACAAAAAUGAACCUGAGGCACAUGAAAAUAUUAACCAAAAUUUAGUUGUUUCUGACGCUUUCUCUCAUAGUAUAUAUGCUGUUAUUGAACAUAUUAGAUCUCGUCUACAUCCAACUGAACUACCAAUUGCUGAAGUAACAACUGAAGAAGAAACUAAAGUAGAAGCCGGAGUAGAAUCUGUAGAAGAAACUGAAGUGAUUACCAAAGCCACUAAACCUUUUGAUAAACACGAUACACAAAAUUAUAAAGCAAUUUUAUUCACUCCAACUGUCAAAUGUACCAAAUUUUUAUCUCAAUUAAUAAAGAGGGAAUUUCAAAUUGAAGGUAUACCAAUUUAUGAAUUUCAUGGUAAGAUUGAUCAAAAUAGAAGAACUAGAAUUGUUGAAAAAUUCAAAAGGGCUAAUUCUGGUAUUUUAGUUUGUACCGACGUUGGUGCAAGAGGUAUGGAUUUCCCUAACGUUCAAGAAGUCUUACAAUUAGGUGUUCCAUCAGAAUUAUCUAAUUAUGUCCACCGAAUUGGUAGAACUGCAAGAGCUGGUAAAAAAGGUAUUUCCACUGCAUUUUUAUCAAAAGAUGAAUUACCAUUUGUUAGAUGUUUGGAAAAAUCAAAGAAAAUUUAUAUUGAAAAUCAAGUUGAUUAUGUUCCAAAUGAAUCAAUAAUUAGUGCAGUUGAAAGUAAAUUGAUUAGUCCAGAAGACUUAUCAAAUGUAUUUGUCAGUUUAUUAUCCUUUUAUAAAUCAGUUGUUGGAGAAUAUGGUUUGAAAGAACUUCGUGUCCUAACAGAGAUAGCUAAAUCAUUUGGCAGUUUAUUUAAGGAUCCAAAAAUGAAAAUUCAAAUUUCAAGUGGAAGCCAAUUAUCAAGACUGGGGUUUACCCGAAUUGAAAACUACUUCGACACUAGCGGUAAUCACGAAAGAUCAUUUUAUGGUACCUCUUUAGAUGAAGACUUCCUUGGCGGUAAUUAUGAUGAUAAUGGCCAUAAUAAUCGAUUCAACUCUAGAGGCUUUUCAAACGACAAUAAUAGGUAUCGUGACAACAACCAUAACUACAGGAGAAAUACUUCUUUUAACAAGAAUAACAAAUCACGUUAUUCCAACAACAUGCAAAAACGUAGACAAGGCUCUUCCCCAAGAAUAGAAGAUUAA